UUAUAAUCUAUGGGAAUUGGGAAGCCGAACUUCCUACCGUGCUACACAUGGAGGACGUUAAAAUAUUUUAAAAUAAAAAUUGUAAAACAGUGAGCGAUAUUUCUGUGGUUUUGUUAAAUUAUAAAUGAAAAAGAAUCUCUGAAAAUGUUUUCUAAUAUUUCCAAAUCCUUGCUAUGCAGCACAAACGCUAUAGGCCCGAAUCGGGCUCUUGCGUACGCACUGACCAAGUGUCCAGUGUUCCUAGAACCAACUGUAUCGCAAUGCCGGAACUACCACGAAGUAACUGGGGACAUUAUCUGUCCGAACAUGGUUCGAGGCAUCGACCACCUAAGAGACCCUCGGCUCAAUAAGGGUCUUGCAUUUACUCUGGAGGAGCGUCAAGCCCUCGGAAUCCACGGUCUUUUAGCAGCCAAGUUCAAAACGCAAGAGGAACAGCUGGAUAUUUGCAGAAUAUCUAUUGACCGAUACGAAGACAAUCUCAACAAAUAUCUCUACCUUGUUGAGUUACAGGAUCGAAAUGAGAAAUUGUUUUUCCGUCUUUUGUCGGAGAAUGUGGAGAAGUAUCUUCCAAUUGUGUACACUCCAACUGUCGGACUCGCUUGCCAACGAUUCGGUCUCAUCUAUAGAAGACCUAGAGGCCUCUUUAUUACCAUAAACGAUAAGGGUCACGUAUUCAAUAUACUUAAAAACUGGCCAGAGCCAGAUGUAAGGGCCAUCGUAUUUACGGAUGGCGAGCGUAUAUUGGGUCUUGGUGACCUGGGCGCGUAUGGUAUGGGCAUUCCCGUGGGAAAGUUGUCCUUGUACACCGCCUUAGCUGGAAUUAAGCCUCACCAGUGCCUUCCCAUCACAUUGGAUGUGGGAACCGAUAACCAGGAUCUAUUAGAAGACCCGCUAUACAUCGGGCUUCGUCAAAGGCGCGUGCGAGGCAAGGAGUACGAUGAAUUCAUUGACGAGUUCAUGGAGGCGUGCGUACAGAGAUAUGGACAGAACACUUUACUCCAGUUCGAGGACUUUGCGCUAGGCAACGCCGGUCGUUUGCUAGCGAAGUACCGCAACAAGUACUGCACCUUCAAUGAUGACAUCCAGGGCACGGCCAGUGUGGCAGUUGCCGGUUUGAUGGCCGCCAUUAGGGUGACAAAGCGGAAACUCAGUGAAAAUAUCUAUUUCUUCCUUGGUGCCGGAUCUGCUGCCAAUGGUAUUGCAAAUUUGACAGUUGCUGCAAUGGUCGCCGAAGGUCUUACAAAAGAACAAGCCCAGGACAGAGUUUAUAUGUUUGACGUCGACGGUCUGCUAUCGACAAGAAGAGAAGGAGGCGUACCUGAACACGCCAAGGCAUUUGGAAAGAACAUUGCGCCCGAGAAGAGCUUUGAGGCUUGUAUAGCGAAGAUCAAGCCUAGCUGUCUUAUUGGUUGUUCGACGGUAGGUGGCGCUUUUAAUGAAAAUGUGUUGAGGCAGAUGGCUCAGAACAUUGAGCGCCCAGUUAUCUUUGCGCUAUCCAACCCCACCAGUAAAGCGGAAUGUACCGCACAGGAUGCAUACAACUUUACUGACGGUCGUUGUAUCUUCGCUUCCGGAUCUCCCUUCCCCCCCGUACAAUACGACGGUAAAGAGUUCCACACAGGUCAAGGAAAUAACUCGUACAUUUUCCCGGGUAUCGCGUUAGGCGUGAUCGCGACUGCUACUCAUCACAUACCCGAGACUAUGUUCCUUACUGCUGCGAGGACUCUUGCAAAUUACGUGAGCGAGUCGGACUUGGCGAUUGGACGCAUCUAUCCCUCUCUCUCGGAAGUCAAGGAGGUUUCUCUCGCUAUUGCAAUUGAAGUCGCUAAGAUGGCGUAUGAUGAAGGACUCGCCUCCGUCUACCCCGAACCGAAGGACCUUUCAAAACAUGUCUCGAGUCAGAUGUACAGCUUCCACUACGAAAGCUCCAUGCCCGUAGUCUGGGAUUGGAAGCCCGAAGAGAAAUUCAACGUAAGACCCGUUCAACCUGUGCCCAAAAAUAUUUAAUGCGACUCUAUUAACAAAUCUGUGUCAGGACUAUGGGAUUUUGUUAAAAAAUUAUUAAUUUUUGCAUGUAUGACAAAAAAGAAACUUUUACAGAGAAUGAUUUAUUUAAUCUGAAAUCUAUAAUAAUAUAGAAAAAUCGUGAAAGUGAUUAUAGUAAAAAUCAUAUUGAAAUUUUCAGUAUUUAGAAAGAUUUGCGCGCAGAAUUUUUAUUAGCCAUGAAAUAUUGUUAAAAAUCGUAAAUUUGUCUAAAUAUAAACUAUUAAAAUAUUAAUAAGUAAACGCUUAAAUUGAAGGUUUUUAUCUUAAGUAUGAAAAUCAACUAGAAAUUAGGAAAUUAUAUGCCCCAAUAAUUAAUUAAAAUCCCUAGUUCUGACACAGAUUUACUAUGACAUAAAAAAUUUAAAGACAUUGAUGUUCCGUGCCUCUUAAUGGGGUUUUUUGUGUCCAUUUUUAACAGUAUACACAAAGUAUUAUAUACCUCUAACGUAGAAAAUACUGUAAUCUUUUUAAAUUUACUCGACAGCUUUGAGCGGUAUCACACUUGAAAAAUUAAAAAAACAAUUAAUACUAAUAAUAUUCUCUAACCUCAAUAUGAUAAAUCUACUGUAGAUUAUUAACAUUUUAGUACCCCAACUUAAGUUUAUAAUUCGGCUUGUAUUAACGAUGAAAAGAGAGAUAAGACCAUAGACACGCUAGAAUACAGUCAAGAGAAAUGACAUGUUCCCAGUGAUUUUUAUAAGUUCUUUAAGUUUCCUGAAAGUGUGUUACCCCUCAAAUAUUCAAGUUUAGAAAAAACUAGCCGUAUCAUAUAAAAUUCAAUAAUUUAUUAUAAUGCAUUUACAACAUUUUUUUUGUCUGUUCAAAUAUUUAUUUAACUUCAGAACCUGUACUAUUUUAUUCGUUAUUUUUGUUCGUCAUUCUAGUUAAAGAUUUAGUAAUGUCUUAACUCUAUUUUAAAUAUGCAAGCUUUUUAUUACCUAUCGCAUUUAAUGUAAUAAUGGGUAAAUACAGACAACUUAUAAAAUUGAUGCUCGCAAUAAUCGUAAUGAAAAGUAAAAUGAAUACUUGGACAGUCUUCAAGUCUGAAUGCGAUAGUUCGCUAGCAUUUCUCAUAGCCGGGUUUUCAUGGCAUAGUUUUACUAAUUUGAAUAGCUGUUUGAGAAUUGACUUAAAAUGUAUUCACAAAAACAUAUGUAGUAUUAGUUGUCACGUGUUUUAGCUUCAUAACGACGUUCAAAUCGAUGUUAGUAUUAAAUCGUGGCCUUGUUUUAGCUUAUUCGCGAUCUUCAUUAUCUUUCUGUUUAGUGUGUUUCCGGAAAACAAAGGUUGUAACCUAACGUUGACGCUUUUCUAACUGUAUUUUAUUGUUUGUUAUUCAUUUACAAUACUUGCAAGUAUUAUUUUUCUUUUUAUCUGUUUUAUUUUAAGUAUAAAUGUUUGAAGUAUUAUUUAUUAUCAUACAAAAAUGUAUUAAAUCAAUGUCUAGUCACUGCAGCAUUAUAUUAAUUUAUACCUGUAUAUGGAUAACAAAAUUAUAGUGAAAUUUUGAUUCUCAAAACUCCAAGAGUUGUUUAAAUUCUACCUCUUAUUUAUAAUGGGAAACAUGAUUGCGAAUAUUAUAUAUUUCGACUUGAAAUAGUAUUUAAUUGUGUUCAGUAUUUUACGAUAUAUCGCUGGGCGGUAGUUGACUAUGUUUCAUGCUGAACAGCUGUAAACAAUGAUACACCUGGUGACUAGAAUUAAUAUAUAUAAUAUUAUUAGGAAAAUUAAAUUUUCAAGCUCUUGGUACAGUCAGUUUUCAACUAUUGACUUAGCUUGCAUCGCUUGGUUCUAAUUGGUCAACGAUUAUUGACCAAUGAUAGUUAAGAGAAACGAUCUUUGGAUUCGUUUGUCAUUAUUUCAUAACAUAAUUCUAAACUUUGAUCUUAUAUAUAAGUUAUCAAAGUUUCUGAUAAUUUUUAUUACUACAUUAUAUAACUUAACUACAGUACUGCCAAUAUUUUCACAUGAAUGAAAUUUAUACGACGUUACGUAAUUGAGUUUCAGUUGUUCAGUGUUAAUCAAGGUUUGUUAUGUUAACUUGUAUCUAUAGAUACAAAGUGAUUAUGUUGCUGUGACGAUAGAUAAUACGGUUUUGAACUAACAUAAAAAAUAUUUUAUUUGAAUGUUUUAAUUUCUAAUAUAAUGUCGCUUUCCUGUAUUUGUUUCGUUACCAGGGUUUACUUUUAAGUACAUUAGGUCAAUUAUAUUAUGUUCAUUCUCAUUGUUGUCCUGUCUGGAAUGAAAGUUGUAUGUUCUUAGUUAUAAUUGUUAAAUACGAAUGGAUGUUAUUAAAAUGUUCUAAACCAA